GGAUCUGUCUGGCACCAGUGCCGCCUAUGCCCAUGGGCAUGAAAGUUCCAUAAAGUUCCAGACACCUUUGGGCCAGAUACCUUGUGUUCUAGUGUCUAGUAAUUUUGACCAGGCCUUUGGAACUUU